AUGGGAAACACGGAAGCUGUGCCAGAUGCCCGCAUGCUGGCAGGUAAGACUCAAGUGUCUGUGGACGCAGGAGCGAUGUUCCUGGGAGAGUUUCAGAAGCUCUCGCGCGGAAGCCGAGCUCGACUCAAGGAUGCGUAUGUGUGGCUGGAUUACUUCAGCGUGCCACAGGAAUGGCUGGACAUCGCGAAUGCUGAUACAGAGACCCAGCACAUUGCGAGGCAGAUGCACUGGAACUCUACAAUGGCGAUCCGAACGACUCAGGAUCUGCACAUUCGGGCGAUUCCCUUCUUUGUGCAGGCCUGUGAUGUCUUUGUGGCCCUUGUGCCACCACUGCGGCAUCAUGAUACUGGGCUUUGGUGCAACUAUGUAAGCUGGUUCACACGCGGGUGGUGCCGCUGUGAGGUUUGGUGCAGGCUUUUGCUGGGCAGCGCCAAGAUGCCUGUGGUGGUCGUUUGCUCGCCGGAUCAAGCCGACUUUGUGCAGCCAUGGCAGUGGGCGAACGGUCCACCAACACAAGGCCAGUUCACCAUCGAGACAGACAGUGCGGUCAUUGCUCAGAUCAUGCAGGAAGCCUUGGGUCACAAGCUUCGGGUUCUUGAAGCUCGGAAAAAGUGGGAUAUGUACCGCUACUUCGCCGCAAGAUACGAAGUGUUGACCGGCCAGCCGUCGAGAAAGCGCACUCUGGCGUCCUUUCUUGCGGAUUUUAAGUUCGACUCCUUCGCCGCUGCUGUUGCAGAGACAGGUAUGGGGCCGAUCGCAUGUGCCACGCUCUCUGGAGAUGCAGAGAUGAUUUCCUUCUUCAGCCAAGCGAAGGCUUUGAGCAACCCCCUGAAGGGGCUGCUGGAGGUUGGGAUCCCGAACGGCUACACGCCAAUCUACUUGGCAGUACGCUAUGCCUGGCACUGCCCCGAAGUCUUACAGAGCCUUCUGGAGACCAAGGCAAACCCGGAUGCCCUUGACAUGCCCGGAAUCCCGGUCUUGGCCUUGUGCGUCACUGUCCGGGAUGUUGUGACCUUGGUAGAGAACCGAGCCGAUGUGAACAAGCGGUCCGCUUACAUCAAGGUACCCAUCCUCAGCUUGGCGUGCAACGCCUGUGCACCUUUGGGGGUCGUCGCCAAGCUCCUUGAAAUGGGAGCCCACGUGAAUCCGGCGGCCGUGGGCGGAUUCGGCACCGCCCAUCCCUUCGCACACCUCGCCCUUACUUCGGCUGUGAACCCCCACUGCUUGGAGGUGGCCAGGCUGUUGGUCCAGGCCGAGUGCAACAUCAACUUGCAGUGCCGUGCGGGUGGGUUCUGGCGUCUUGUCGAGAUGGCUUCGCGUUGCUACCUUCAGCUGGAAGCCGGAGCUCUGCCAGCUCGUAGCCGCAGUGUGCGCUGUCGCGUCUUAGCCUCCGUUUUCGGAGAAUGGACCACCACACCCUUGGGCUUUGCGUGCUUGUUCGGCAGUGAGCAAAUGGUGCACUUCUUACUGGAGGCCCGCGCCGACGCAGAACUCCGCAAUGCGAGGGGACACACAGCCUUCCAGUUGGCCCGAAGCUGCAGCGUUCUGAAGCUCAUACAGGAGCACCAGAAACAGGUACAGCAUUCAGGAUGA